AUGGGACCUCAAAGGAGAUUGGGAAUAUAUGUAAGGUAUGAAUCACCUUCUAUUAUUAAAUACCUUGAACCUUUAAUAAGUGAUGUUUUUCAAGCAAGAUUUGCUGAUUGUCAUUUUGAUGAAACAAAAUUUCCAACACUAGGGGGAGAAAAUAAACACAUAGAAAAUGAAAUAACAUGGUAUGUACCAUCUUUAUUACAUUUGGACCCAUAUAAUAAAUCAUGGGAAGAAAAUGUAAAGAAAAUAGUACACUUACAAGAUUUAGCAAACCAACUGCCAGAUUCAUUUACUGAUUUGAAAAGAGUGACAAAGUCACAUGUACCAGCUAUAAAUGUCCCAGCUAGAAUUGAGAUUUCAAAAACAAAUGAUGUAGCAAGUACAUCCAAGGCACGCUUGAAGCGUGGCCGACCUAUGGGAUCCAAAGACAAAAAUCCCCGAAAAAGAAAAGAAACAUAA